AUGAGCCUCUCACUCCCGUUCCGACCCUCCGAUGACCCUGCUCAGUCGUUAUCCAAACCGAUCAACCUCUCCAAGUCGAACAGCCUCCGCCGCUUAUCACCGUCUCCCUCCAUCUCGCACGCCCGCACGCCGAGCGAUUCCCGCUCCUUCCUGCGUCAGCGCUCCGUGGAAAAUGUCGCCGGCAUAUCGGCCCCGGGCACGAAAGCUCGGCGGCACAAGUCACAGUACCCUCGCGACUCGUCCGAUCGCCAUGUCGAAUACAUACUCGUCGCCUCGUUUCACAUUGACCGGGGCCCCAUCAUGGAGCACCAAUACCCGGCUCCCAUCAGUGGCGACGAGAGCAUGUUGGCAGAGCUGAUGCUUCCCGAUCAGACCCACGUUCGCAGCCAGGAUUGGACGAUCUUCUUUCUACAUAAGGAUACUAGCGCCGACGAGGAUGACGACUCUGUGACCGGCAAGCCGAAGAAGAAAAAGAAAAAGAAGGUGGACCGAUCUCCGGUGGACGGUGACCCGGAGAGCCAAGAAGAGGAUGCCGACGAGGCCAGCGAUGACGAUGAGGAGAGUAGCGACGAGGAGGAAGGUGGCGAGGGCCCGCCUUUGAUGUAUGUCCUCAAUCUUGUAAAUACGAAGCAGGAUAAUACGGUGAAACGAGGUGCGGUGGUCAAGGCCAUGGCUAUCUGUACACGCCACUCAUUUCUUCAUAUAUAUAAGCCCCUACUCCUCCUGGCAUUGGAAGAUUACUUCAAAUCCCCCUAUCCCGAAACCCUAGCCUCGCUGUACGAUGCGGUGAACAACAUGGACCUCUCGUUGAUGCCGAAAAUGUCCCUCCUUGAACGGCAGAUAUUGCAAUCGAGCAAUUCGAAAGACAUGUUCAUUGAGAAGUUCGAGCAAAUGGUUCAUCAGCGAAUGGCCGACGAGGGGCAGGAGCCUGACUACGACCUUGAAUCUCCACCGUCCCCCAAGAGGCCGGCACCGCCCCGGUACGCGCUCCCUCGCGACACGCAUGAGUACGAAUCCAAAGUCGUCUACAAUGAUAUCCCGAUCCCGGUCAAGGUGCCGACGGUGAUCUGGCCCGAAAUCGUCGGCGAUUUUUCUUUGAUCAAGCUCGUCCAAACCUUCUCCAUCCCUCAUGCCACCACGCCUCAGCCAUUCCCGAUCCAUCCCCAUCUCACCACCAGUGGCCCUUACACCCAUCCGAUCAUCGUUCUCGUGAACGCAAUGCUCACCCAGAAGCGGGUGGUCUUCCUCGGUCACAACCGACCCUCCGGGGAGGUGGCGGAGGCGGUGUUGGCUGCCUGUGCAAUUGCGUCGGGCGGGAUUCUUCGAGGAUUCACAAGACAUGCCUUCCCUUACACUGACCUGACCAAGAUUGAUGACCUAUUGAAAGUGCCUGGCUUCAUUGCCGGCGUGACGAAUCCCACUUUCGCAAAUCACCCCGAGUGGUGGGAUCUCCUCUGCGAUCUCCCGACCGGCCGAAUGAAAAUCAGUAGCCAUAUUGAGCCGGCGCCGGUCACCGAAGGGCUGCUGUAUUUCCAACAGCAGACUGCUAUCCACCACCACCCUGUCAACGCACAGACUGAUCCCACGGGCGACAAUCUGUUUAUGGAAGAUGUGCAGCGAAGCAUUACCAAUCGGUAUGGAGAGAAUGCAAUCCGAGCAAAAUGGCGUGCCUACAUCACCAAGUUUGCGCGCGUGGCUGCCGCCUUCGAAGAAACGGUUUACGGUGCAUCCAAUCUCUACAUCAUCGGCCCCAAUGAGGAGUUGUCGCCCGAAAGCCCCAGCGGACUCCAGGCCGAUCCUCUCGACCCGACUACACUGCGAGGGCAUGGCUACGUUUGGCCCGACGAGGGGGCUAAGCAACGAGAGCUCCUAGCAUCCGUUUCGCGGAUCGAGGGAUGGCGGACCACGCGAUCUUACUACUCGUUCAUUCAAGACAUUGCCGCCAUGUAUUAUCCAGCACGGCCAAUCCAAAAACCAGACUUGGCCCACCACCAUGACCGACUGCGGGCUCUAAAGCUCCCGGCCCAGGAGGCAGGAGCCAUCUACAUCGCCUUUGCCCACGCGGUCAAGGACUAUGCCGGCAUCUGCCAGCUCCUCACCGUCACCCCGGAGAACCAAGCCGGCCUAUUCUACCUGAGCAUGGGUCUUUUCCACCCCGACCAGACCGUGCGCGAGGCGGCUGUUGAUCUGCUCGAACGGAUCGCUGCCCACCCGGCAGGUCGGCAUUUCUGGGGCCAGCUCAACCGCUUCGCCAAGCUCGCCUUCUUCCGGAUCAAACGAGAGCGAGAGAGCGCACAAAGCCCCAUCUCGCCCCCGGAGACGGCGGCGACGGCGACGGCGACAGGAUUCGGCGAACCCCAAAGUCUUGUCGGAGUAGCGAUGGGCAACAGCGCCUUUCCGAGGCCAGGUUGA